AUGUUUUGCGCCAAUGGCUUUAGGAAGCUGUGUGUUCAAACGCGCAGCUUGCACUUGCACCCGUAUGGAAAAUGUAAGCGAUUUUCGUACACCUGUCGCAUGCCUGCCACCGUCCAUUGGUACCGGUCUCCACUUGUGGUCAAUGGUGGAACUAGUCAUCUGCAGUCAUGCAAAAAGUAUUUCAGUGUUUCAACUGCCAACCGCCUUCCAUUCCCUCCAAUAGCAGCAAUAGUGUUGCGUCCAGUUGCCAAGUUUUUUGCUAUGAUGUUAGGAAUACGAAUACGCCGCUGGUGGACAAAGCUGAGUGCAAAAGAGAAACAACAGUUCUGGUACAACGUACACAAACGUCGGAAGCAAAUAACUGCUGCCAUAGCUAGUGCCAUUGGUUUGUUUCUCGUGUACUGUGCUGCUCACUUGGAGUUUGACCCAAUAACUGGUAGACGUCGGUUAAUUCUUUUUACACAUCAACAAAUGGAAGAGCUGGCAAAUUCAAUUGCCAAAGAAUUGUUAAGUGAAAACCAACAAGCUGUGUUAGAUACAUCACAUCCUCUUUACAAGCGAGCAUUGUCCAUAGCAAUGCUGGUAAUCAAAGCCAAUAAGCCGUUUGACCUCUUAAAAAAUCGAAAAUGGUCUCUGGUAGUUGUCAACGAUCCAAGAAUUAACGCUAUGGUUUUACCAAAUGGCAUGAUAAUAGUCUUCACAGGGUUACUAUAUGCAGCUAAUGACCAGCAAGUAGGUGUUGUCUUGUCACAUGAAAUCGCUCAUUGUUUUCUUGAUCAUCAUGCAGUACGUUUGAGUAGAGAACAUUUACUUGAAAUGCUUUGGCUUAUACCGCUGACCAUAAUGUGGGCUGUGUUUCCAAUGCCAGAAGCUAUUUUGUGUUACGUAUUCGGUCAUUAUUUUAAAAGUAUAGCAAUGUUAUUGCCCUAUGAACGUGACCAAGAAAUCGAGGCUGACAAGUAUGGCUUGAUGCUAGCAGCCAAUGCGUGUAUUGAUGUUCGUCAGGCGCCAAUUUUCUGGAAGCGAAUGGAAAGGCUUGAUCCAAAUAAUAACGAAACAUGGUGGUUGUCCACACAUCCGACUCACAAGAAACGUGUCAAAUAUAUUGAAGACCUUUUACCAUAUGCGUUACAAUUAAGGCAACAAAAUGGAUGUCCGUCCUUAGAUAGAAGUUACUGGUCAAGAUUCUCAUUGUUUUAA